AAUAUUACUCGGUUACUUGGAUUUUAAUGAAAUAGUCAACACACGUUUUUGGACAAAAAAUAGUGUGCUUUCAUUAGGGAAAUUGAGUCAUCCAAGGAGCAUAGUUGCUCCAUUAUUACAAAAAGACAAUUUGAGUAGUUGCCAAUGCCAUACAACUUCCUUCCUCUUGGCUAUUAUUGCCCUUCACUUUCAUUACUUUUCUUUCUCUCUCUCACACUUGGAAUUCUGAGUAUAUCAGGUACGUUUACAUCAACUGUGUUAUGCUAUUCCUCUUCACUUUCUCUACUUUUCCUAUGCACUUCCAACUUUAAUUCUGAGUUCAUCUUCUUCACUCACCAAAUUUUCACUUUCAUCUUCUUCGCUCAUUCUUCAAGCUGCUAUUAACCACUAUGAAUUAAUAUAAAAAAAAAAAUCUUUCUUCAAGCUGCUAUUACCCACUUUGAAUUGAUAUUAAAAAAAAGUGCUUUUCUCUGUUCAUUAUUAAGCUUCCAUUUCUAGUGGUUCAUCAACAUCUAUAAAAGAGUUCAGCUAUUGAUCUCUCUACUUACAAUAUCCAUAAUAAGAGACGAUUAGUAAACCAAGAGAGAAUCAAGCAUGGAUUUUGCUAUUUCAAUUGCAACUUCAAUUGUCGCAAAGAUUGCCGAGUAUACAGUGGCACCGAUCGGUCGACAGUUGGGUUAUCUAUUUUGCUAUGCAGGGAAUGUAGAAAACCUCAACACUCGAAUGCAAGAGUUGAAGAAUGCCAGAGAUAGAUUACAACAUCGUGUUGAGGAAGCUAGAAAUAAUUGUCAAGAAAUUGAAGCUGAUGUUCAAAGUUGGCUGAGCAGAGUUGAUCAGAUCUCUGAAGAGGCUGAGACAUUUCUUAACCAUGAAGGCCAUGCAAAGGUUGUGUGCUCUUGUGGAUCCCUCCCGCAUUUGGUGACGCGGCACCAACUGAGUAGGAAAGCAAAGAAGAUGUCAUUCGAUGUAUGCGCGGCCUCUGAAAAAAGCAAAUUUGAUACGAUUUCUUAUCGUCCUCAGCUAGAAAGCUCCAAUGCAACCAAAGGCUACGAGACUUUUGAUUCAAGGAGGGAAAUUCUGGAGGGUAUAAUGGCAGCUAUGAGAGAUGCUAAUAGAAGCAGGAUAGGCUUCUAUGGCAUGGGUGGAAUCGGCAAAACUAUGCUUGCCAAAGAAAUUGCUAUUUUGACUAAGAAAGCAGAGUUAUUUAGCAAGGUGGUUAUGUCGACUAUUUCACAAACACCUAAUAUGAAAGAGAUUCAACAAGAUAUUGCCGAAAAGCUCCAGCUAAGUUUUGGGCAAACACAAAGUAUGGACGUACGAGCUGAUCUACUUCGAAAGAGAUUGAAGCAGGAAAACAAGAUUCUAUUAAUUCUCGACGACAUUUGGAAUGAACUCGAUCUAGAAGCUAUUGGAAUCCACGAUGAGUGCAAGUUGCUACUAACCUCUAGAUAUCAACAUGUUUUACACAGCUUCAUGGGUAUUGUUGAGAGUAAUAUUUUCUUUAUUAAAGCUAUAGACUCAAGGGAGGCUAUAAGUUUGUUUAAGAAAAUUAUUGGAGAUAUAGUUGAAACUCCAGAUUUCAAUUAUUUGGCCCAUUCGAUCGUCGACGAAUGUGCAGGCUUACCAAUUGCCAUUGCAACAGUGGCACAUGCUUUAAAGGGCAAAGUAUUGUCCACAUGGGAGGAUGCAUUGGAACACCUACGAAACUCAAACUUUAGAGACAUAGAGGGAAUGGAUAUGAAGGUGUACUCAUGCAUUAGGAUGAGUUACGAUUUUCUCGGAAGUCAUGAGGAGGUAAAAUCAUUGUUAUUGCUUUGUGCUUUACAUAAAGAAGAUCAAGAAAUAAAAGUCGAGGACCUGAUUAGAUAUAGUGUGGGUUGGCGCUUGCUUCAAGGCAUCAACACGAUGAAAAAAGCAAGAAACAGGGUGAAUUCAUUGGUUGAUAAAUUGAAAUCUCACUGUCUCUUAUUGGAUGGAGAAAAUGAAAAUUAUGUGAAGAUGCAUGAUGUUAUUCGUGAUGUUUGCAUAGUUAUAGCAUCAGAAGAUAAGCAUAGGAUGAGUAACAUAAAAAGUGUCAAUGAUUUUGCUAGUCAUGAAGGAUAUAAAGCGUCUAAAGCGAUUUCCUUACUUGACUAUGAUGAUUUCGGUAAGCUUCCUGAAAAAUUGGAAUGUCCAAGGGCAAAAUUACUUCUUUUGUCUUUAAAUUCAAUUCCAAACGACUUUUUUAAACAAACAAGGGAGCUUGAAGCUUUGGGUAUGAAUGGUGCACGUAUAAAAUCAUUACCGUCAUCCUUUCAUUCUCUUCUAAAUCUCCAAACAUUAUGUUUAAGUAGGUCCAAUCUACAAGACAUUUCUAUCAUUGGGGACUUAAAGAAUUUAAAAGUUCUUGAUCUAUCUUGGUCUUCCAUAAAGCGAUUGCCAAAAGAAAUAGGAGAAUUGUGCCAUUUGCAACUGCUAGAUCUACGAUAUUGUGAUAGAUUAGAAGUCAUUGAGCCGAAUGUCAUUUCAAAUUUGACGCAGGUCGAAGAGCUCUAUAUGCCACACAUUUUAUGGAUGGGAGACUGA